AUGUUUCUGUUAUUUAAAAAAGGGUAUGAUCCACUGGCAUUCGAGAAGGAGUUGACUCAAAUCACAGCAUCAAUAACUUCAACUCAGGAGCAGAUCUACAAGUUAAGUAGAAGAAAACGAUCGACUCGCAAAACAACAAUCCAUUAUCUACUUGUUAUUUAUAUUGUGGGUAAUCUUUACAAUUAUACUCAAAUCCCCCAAAUCCCAAACACUACAAGGUUCCAAGCUAUAAUCAAAGGGCUUUCACGAAACCAGUGGAUUUUCGUUAUUGUAUAUCCUAUUAUUUUGUAUUUUCUUGUUAGGCUACUCGGUGGUCUUUACGAUUGGUUACUCAAAUCAAGACAGACCAAACUAAGUAGCCUCCAGGAAAGACAUAAGCUAAAAAUUGAGGAAUUGAAGAAGAUCACCAAUUUUAAUACUACUUCAGAGUUGUUAGAAAAGUAUGGAGACCCCAAUGAACGGAAAAGGAAAACAGCCAACGUGAUAGACAAAGGAACAUCCUCCGGAGCUCAAGGUAUACCAGGCAACGGUAAUCUUAAGCAGCGAUUGAAUGUAAAUCCAGGAACAAUAAAUGUUUCAAAACCCAUUAGCGAAAUGAAACCAGGUUUGCAGAAGCAAGAGCAACAACAACAACAGCAACAACAACAACCACUAGAGGGAUUACAACAAAAGCAGCAGCCAUCAUCUUCAAAACCAUCUGAUAUAAAUAAUAAGAGAUCCCCUUCCUCUUCACAUCAAGAAGUGCAAUCUCAACGAAGUUUCCAAGACAGAUUGCUUGAUAUCUUAGUUGGCUCAGAUUAUUCGGAAACAAUUGAAUCCCGCUAUGCCUUGAUUUGUGCUGGUUGCUUCAAGCAUAACGGGUUAGCCCCUCCAGGAUGCACUGAACCACACAAAGUUCCUUAUAUAUGCCCACAAUGUGGUUUAUUCAAUGGUGAAAUGCAAGAGCCACCUAAUGGAUUAUAUCCAAAUUAUAUAGGACCUGAGCUCUCACAAAGUCCUGUUCCAUCAGAGGGUAUCGAAAGUGUGCCAAAGGAAGACCUUGAAAAUGUUUCAGUUCCGAGCCCUGUAUUAGCCAAAGAGCCUAAUACAAAAAUUGAAAAGGAGCCUAUGUUAGUAGAACAUUCGAGGUCUUUAAGCCCAAAUCAGGAUGAUACUACAUCGAAAUGA